AUGGAACCGAUAGAGAACGUACAAGGCGCGCAGGAUUCUCAGGGAUUACGUAAGCUGGAGCAGGAAACAUGGCAGCCGCCAAGUAUUGCCACUCCUGCCCUUCCGCUGUUCGAAUACGACACGCUGCCGACUUCUGGUAUUCAAAAGAUCCGGCUCAUCAAGAUCCUUCCUCACUCUGACGACUCCUGUCCGGUUGAAGCUGAGCUCACGACGCACGAUGUCGCAAGCGCACCGCAUUAUACUGCGCUAUCGUACACAUGGGGCGACGUAGCGACAUUCCCUAUCGUGUUGAACCGCCGACUGGCGCAUGUGCGCUCGAAUCUUCUCUCUUUCAUGCUUGGUGCUGACCCGGAGACACUAUACUGGGUCGAUGCCAUAUGCAUCGACCAGCAAAACAUCCCCGAGCGCAGCGAAGUCGUCUCCCGAAUGAAAAACAUAUACGAAAGAGCGCAGGGUAUUGUCGUCUGGCUCGGUACUGUUAGCCCGGAAACAGCUUCCUCCUUCGUUGCACUUGAUGCUUUUAGCAAUAUGCAUGUCUUCGACCUCUUCAAAGAUAGAAAACGAGAGCGGUACGUACCAAAAGAUGGCGAAGACGCACACACCCGUCCAGACUUGCCUGUGCUCAAGGAAAGACUUCUGGAGCACCCGUACUGGCACUGCAUAUGGAUCUUACAAGAAGCUUCCACGCCUAUAUAUCACAAAGGACCUUAUAGCUCGACGUCGGUGUGGUAUGCCGACCGCAAGCAUGACUUUUUAAACUUUCUCUUCGGCUUUCUGACACUUACGAACAAACGCAAGGAGCGAAAGGAAAAUAUUGGGAUCCAUUGA